AUGCCUGCGGACUAUGAGUCCACGGCACGGGCAUUGGCGCUGUCUACAUCAUCGCCAGAGCCGUUACCCCAGUCUCCUGGUAGCGAUGCCCAGUCGCCAGUCUGGAGUCGCUCGGGCAGACGUGACUCCGCCCGGUCUGCGAGUCAGGCAACCACCAUGCGCGACAAAGCCGUUGACCGCGCAAAAGACAUGUACCGCAAACUGCUUGCAAGAUGGGAGAGCAUGACUCUGUGGCAGAAGAUUGGUUUUUAUGCUGCGUCCUUCGCCUCCGCUGCCUUGGGUAUUGGGUUCUUGGUCUUGACCGGCAAGGUGUUCAUUUGGCUAGGCCCCGUCGCUGAAAAGUGGGAGCGGUCUCCGCUGGUCGCUUUUGUAUUAUGGCUGUGUGUCUUUUUCGUCUCGUUCCCACCGUUGGUGGGUUGGUCGACAUUUGGAACUGUGGCGGGGUUUAUCUUCGGCGUGUGGAAAGGAUGGUUGAUUUAUGCCACCGCGAGUGUUCUCGGGUCUACCGCCUCAUUCUAUGUCUCGCGAACGGUGCUAUCGGGUUUCGUGAAGCGUCUGAUGAAACACGAUAAGCGAUUCGCCGCGCUCUCUCUCACCCUGAAAUAUGACGGGCUGAAACUCCUCUGCAUGAUCCGUCUGUGCCCCUUGCCCUACUCUAUCUGUAACGGAGCCGUGUCUACAUUCCCUACGGUUCAGCCCUUGAUGUAUGGACUGGCGACUGCCAUCAUCACCCCCAAGCUAUUGGUCCCUGCGUUCAUUGGCAGCCGAGUGCGUCUGCUGUCUGAAAAGGGCGAGGAGAUGACCGCAGGUUCCAAGGCCGUGAAUAUCAUCAGUAUUUUUGUGACCGUCACUAUUGGAGUCGGCACCGGGUGGUACAUUUAUCAAAGGACCUUGGCUCGGGCGAAAGAACUUGAAGCCAAAGAGCGCGCCGAGAUCCGACAAUCCCUUCAAGCCGACCAUGCAGCACACCGGCCUCAUGGGAGAUUCUCCGACGAUAUUGAUGAGAACGAGGCUGCUACCAUGUUAGCCCGGGAUGAGGAGGAGCGCAUUGGGUUUGACGAUCUGGAUGAUGACAAUGUCGAUCUUGAACUCGGAGAUGACAGCGACAGUGAUCACUCCGAACGAUGGAAGAAAAAGAACCGGAGGUCCUACCAUGAUGAGCUCACGGAUAAUGACUCGGAUGAUUAUCCAGGCGAGGACGAGGCGUACGGCCUACACAGCCACCUCCAGCGGGAGGUCUAA